CAUUGCUUCCUCGUUUGAUGCUAGAUAUUCUCUCUUCCAAAUAAGAUAUUUCGUCAGUGAAAGUCCAGUUUUCUUGUAGUGAAAAAAACGGUAAGUAAUAUUGUCGAGAAUAGCAAUGACAAGUGGCGGCGGCGUAUUAGAGGUCGUGUUGGUCGAUUCAGAAGGCAUACGAGACAGAAAAUUUCUUGGUUGCAUAGUUUGUUGCACGACAUCGGCUGUGGAUAGACCGUAUGUAUGUGUAGAAUACGGUGAUCAAAAGCGUAUAAGCAAAGUUGCGGAAGGAAAGGGGAAGAAAUCCAUUUGGGACCAAAAGUUCAACUUCGAGAUUGAAAACCCAAUCGUAGAAAACAAGUCAUUUCGAAAACUUGUGCUUCGUGUGAUGGACAAACACAAACUCUCAGAUGACGGAUAUGUUGGUGAAGCCACGAUUCAUGUAAAGGAUGUUGUGUUAAUGGGGAUGGAGAAAGGGGAAGCCGAGCUCGGAAGCCGGAAAUACAGGGUGGUCCGGGAAGAUAAAUCCUACACCGGAGAUAUAUCGGCAGCAAUUUCCUUCAAGAGAAAAAAUGGAGACGAUAAAGAAGUUGAAAGGAAAGCAAGCAUUAUGAAUAAUGAAGAUAGUACAAAAAUUCCCGAUGCAUAAUGUACUGAAUUCAUUUAUAGUUUGUUAUAGUUAUUUAAAUUUGAUGUAAAAAUGUAUGAUUGAUAAAUUUAAUUUUUGUAUUUAUGUUAAAUAUGAAGGGUUAAAUAACAAGGAGUGUUGUUAGAUA